UAAGUUUAUUUUAUUUGUUUUUCAUUGUAUAUAUACAUAAAUUUCUUUUUUAGUUUUGAUAAUUAUACAUCGAAUAUUGUUGUUGAUAAUGUUAAAGUUUCAUUGGGUUUAUGGGAUACAGCUGGUCAAGAAGAUUAUGAUCGACUUCGACCAUUAUCAUAUCCACAAACGGAUGUAUUCGUACUUUGUUUUAGUGUUAUAAGUCCAACAUCAUAUACAAAUAUAACAAAUAAAUGGAUGCCAGAAAUUCGACAUCAUUGUCCAGAUACACCAAUUAUAUUAUGUGGAACAAAAAUUGAUCUACGUGAAGAUCGUGAUUUUGUUAAUCAAUUACAAAAACAAAAUAUUCAAACAAUUAAACGUGAACAAGGACAACGUUUAUGUAAAAAAAUUCGUGCUUUUAAAUACGUUGAAUGUUCAGCAUUAACACAAAAAGGUCUUAAACAGGUAUUUGAUGAUGCUGUUCGAAGUGUAUUAUCACCUAAAACAAAUAAAGCAUCAAAAUCAUCAUGUGUUUUUCUUUAA